AUGGUUGAUGAAUUUGUGGAGAACAUGACGCAAGAAUUUGAGAUGAGCAUGUGCGGUGAACUGAAGUACUUCUUGGGACCACAGAUUGUUCAAUCAGAGGAAGGAGUGUUGAUAUCUCAGAGUGCCUAUGCACACAGUCUGGUGAAAAGAUUUGGACUUGAAGACAGCAAGAUCUCCAGAACGCAUAUGAGUUAUGCUUUAAAACUUGCACGUGAUGAAGCAGGAGAAGAUGUUGACUCAAAUCUCUAUCGAGGAAUGAUUGACAGUCUAUUGUAUCUUACUACUAGUAGACCAGAUCUAUCGUUCCGCGUUGGUGUAUGUGCAAGAUAUCAAGCAAAGCCCAAAGUGUCUCACUUAAACGUUGUGAAGAGAAUCAUCAAGUAUGUCAAAGGAACGGAGAACCUCGGAGUGUACUACUCAAGGAACUCAAACAAAAACUUAGUGGGCUAUUGCGAUGCAGACUGA